AUAACCAUAGACAAUUUAAUUGCGCCUUUGCCCUGCGCGCGCGGAAUUCAAUUUGAUAAACUCGUUGCUUGGCAACGCGAUAACAAUCCAACUCGCACAGUAGUUUUCGGGCUUUUUUGGUGGCUGGUCGGUUUUGAUCUUUCAUAUAAUUUUACAAAACAUUUAUCACAUACGUAGGUAUAUUUAGGCCUAGCUUUUGUAUACAAAAAAAACUUUUUUUUCUUUUACUCAGCGGCGGCUGCAAUUUAAUACAAAUUAUCUGUGAUAUUCAUAAUGUGGUUAAUGCGUUAUUUUCGGACGCGACAACUCAAAUAACAGUGUCGUGAGACUUAAAACAUGUUCGUAGUUAACUUAUUAGUUUCAAUAUUUAGUUGUUUUGUGUUCUAUGUUUUGGCCGAAGAAUACGAGAAUGAUGAUAGAAUGUACCUCCUGGUAUCCCCGGACCAGCACGAGCGCACGCCACGCCUCGAAGAUUUCUUCUGGACAGGUUCAGGAGAUGGGCCACCUCCUCCGGACUCACCCCUGCCGGAGCCUUCUCAGCCCACACCAAUUGUGCACACAACUACGGUUCUUGCCACUGUGUACCUGGAUUCGUUUCCGCCACAGGCGGUGACUGACAAAACAACAGGAGAAUGUGUCCUCAACUGCGGCGAGCCGGUUCCUCCAGGCAGUUUGGAGCCAGAGAUACCAGAGGAUCGACGGUAUUGGCUGCUGACUGUCAUACAAGGAUCCACCCCUGACAGUCUGCAGUUGAGGCUGGCUAGGUUGUAUCAGAAGGCCUUUCUAAGACAACAAGAACGCCAUCUGGGAAUAAUAAAGUCUUUAGACGCCCCGCAAACGAGAAAGAAACACGAAGUGCAUUCAUUUGUAGUAAACAAAGACGAUAAUCAAAUCGCUGCUUCCAACACCCCCCUAAGAUACCUCGAUAGUUCAACGAUAGUUCCUUCCAUGACUGAAAUUGUACAGCUAACAAAAAUAAUAGAUUAUUCUAAAAUAGACAUCCCUAUUGAAAACGAAAACCUUACCUUAAAAGAGGAUAUAAAAGCAACGAGGCUUGCAGACGUUGAAUCAUGGAUCUUAGUUCCUCCUACAGUAGUAGUAAGAAAGAGAGAAGUAUCAGACCAAGAUGAGGGAGAAAGUGAGAAGGGGGAAUUGAUAGAUAUUCCUUUAGAAGAAGAUAAUAGCAAUGAGACGAUGUUGUUUAAAAGAGAGAUUAUAAAACCGGAACAGCAACCACCAGUGCAAGUCCACAUCCAGAAUAUAACUGAGUUCACAGAAACCGGGAGCGUCCAAAUCGUCUACGUGGUACUUGUGGGCGGUAGAGCGGUGCCUGCAGCAGUAGCUGCCAGGGACAUGAGACUUGUACGUGACGCCGAAGUGGCCAGGGAGUUGGGAGCCGUAGUCACUACUAAAGCUGAGCCAGCGUACCUGAAGGCGGCUGAGGGUCUGGAAGGCGAAGCAGCAGUGAGCGGUAUCCACGGGACGGAGCUGUGGGCGCUGGCAGUGGGAGCCACUAUAGCGGUUCUGCUAGUGUUGGUGCUGUUUGUGCUGCUGUGUUUGGCUCAGAGGCGAAAAGCAAUCAAAUCGGCAGCCUCCCUCCGAGCAUACAGAAAUGAAAUGUUAAGAGAGGCAGAAAGAAAUCAAUUAAAACAAGUUCACGAAGAAAAAGAUGGCAGGUUGAUAAGCGUAGUGUCCCCUAGCAGAACAAGGCCUAGUAGCACGUUGCUACCCAUUUACAGAGCGGCGAGUGCUUCGAGUUCAUCCACGACAUCAUCCGGAAUAUCCGAAGACGUAGCAACCGUGCGUCGUCGACAAAAGAAACCCCAUGCGUUGAGAAUGCCGCAGAAGAAACGUGUUGGAACUACGGAUAGUUUGCUAGAAGCGGCUGGCUUGGACAGUUCAGAUAGUGGGCAACCUUCAGCUCCGCAGACGCCUACGUCUUAUCUGUCGAUGCCUUCAGUUAACUCGUUUCCAAGAGGCAACCUAGUGGAACCCCUCUCUCGCAUCCUCGAACCAGUAUCAGUCCGUCACCUCGACAUCGACUCACCAAUAACUACUCCGAAGAGAACUGCGGAUGCUGUGCCUCGCCGCCAGAUGGCCUCGCAGUUGGUCCGGCUGGGGAGCAUUGAUAAGGACCCGGGUGUUAUAGGGCCUUUGGUGUGGGACCUACACUGCCAGAGGAUUAAGGAUGCAUCGAAACCGCCAAGCCCAGCCAAGUCUGCCACUCCCCGGAAAGACUCUCGCAUGCGACAGAGAUUCAACGAGCUAAUGGAUGAUGCCUUCACUCUCUUCGGUAGUGCUGGCUCAUCCAACUCCCAGGAUACCUAUAUUGUUGAGAAAAAGAAAGAAGGAGAAAUAGCUCAGGCGCGAAACGACAACGUUCGCCUGCCUGGUUCUCCAUACACCGCUUUAGACACCGUGCGGGGCCGUUCUGCUGGUGCUGGUCGAGGAAGCACAGCAGCCACUAUAGAGGCCCACGAGGCGCGGCCGCGGACGUCGCAGCUGCGCGCCGCCGAGCGCGGGGCUCCUCCCGCAAGGGCGUGGGGGCCUACACCACCACACUCCCUAACCCGGCUGCCGCCGACGCCCACAGUGAACCCGGCGCUGGUGCUGGCGCGGCCGCGCCUGCCCGCCGCCGACCCCGCGCUGCCGAUCAUAUCCGCCAUCAAAACAGAAAUACAACGCGUACGGGAACAGCACAAACCUGACUAAGGGUCGGUUGCACCAAACCGUCUGUCACUGUUAAAACGUUCGCUACAUUUUAUUGUAUGGGAAGUUUCAUACUACACUGCUGAUUGACGUUAACCUUGUAGACGCCAAUGACAGAUAUAUCCGCACCGCAGGUUCAACGCCAAAGACUGAUUAAUCGCUCACAGACCACGAGCAACAUAGACCUACGUGCAUAUGCAUAAAGUUCAAUUUCAGUUUUGACACUUCGGUGACGAGGCGUCCGCGUGACAGCUUUUGUGUUUGACACGGCGUCGAAAAGGUUAAGCGCCGGCAUCAUCAGCGAAACAGCAAUAUAAUAAAAUACAUAUCGCUGGCCCAAUAUUACAGGGUUCUAUGUUACAUUUUCAAGAUAGUUGAAGUUCAACUUAAUGUCACUAUGACAAUGUUCAGAUUUCAGUAAAAUAUUGAUAAAAAGUGAAGUAUAGAACCCCGUAAUAUUGGUCUGUGUAUUGUGUCAGCGAUAUGUAUGUCUCUUGUAACCAUAUUAAGUUUUUAUGAAUAUUAAAAUCAUUGUAAAAUAGUUUAAGUUAAGACAUGAAAUGCAAUGGUAAAUAGUUUUAAAAAUCAGUUAAAUAUGCAUGUUUGCAUACUUACUUGUAGUUUACAAGUAUGAUUAAUUUUUUAUGAUAUCCGAAUGUUGUAAUGAGAGAUCUAUCUUACAUUCGGAGCUUUAAAAAUCUAAGUAACUGUUUAAAAAAAAUAAUUUUAAGAGUAGAAUAUUUAAUAAUCAUUUUUUUAACGAAAAAAAAAAAUCUUAGUGAUGCUAAUGCUCAUCAUUGUGUUUGUAAACUUGAUAUUAUGAAGCUUAUAUUAUUGUUUUAAUAUUUUUAAUUAAGGUGCAGGGGAUAAUUUCGACUGCGGGAUAAUUUUAACUAAUCGAAAUAUCUUCCAUGGUUUACAUGAUUAACUAGUCACACACAACACAUCUUUUACGCUAUCUGGACAUAUAUGGCACUCUAGUUAAUAAUGUAAAACAUGGGAGAUAUUUCGAUUAGUUGAAAUUACCCCACAGUCGGAAUGGCCCCCCUGCACCUUAUGUUGAUAUUUUGAUAGUUGUUAUUCUAAAUGUACACUUUUAUGUUAUACUCUUAUUACAAAUAACCUGUUUUACAAUAAGGUAGUUAGUUAGUAAUCAGUAAUUUAGAUAUUAUUAUUUUAAUUAGAUUAUACCUGACCCCUGUGAGGCCAAUUGAAUAUAAAACCACUAAUCUACCUGAACAUUCAUUAUUGUAAAAUAAGUUUCUUAACGAUUUAUAAUAAACUCUUAUGAAACUGA